AUGGGUUCCGCUCAGGAUCAGACUAAGAAGAGAAAGAGACAAAAAGUCUCCGACGGCUCCAAGUCGUCCAAGUCUCGCGUCGUCGAGGCCGACGAUCAGCGCGAGUUGACCGAGACGACGACAAAGCCAAAGAAGCAAAAGACCGAGGAUCCUCCUACGGACGAGACUCCCGAUGCCGAGGACGUCGAGCAGACCGAGAACGGAGAGACCGCGCAGGAUGAUGCCGCGAAAGAUGCUGAAGCGCCGCUCCCGUCCACCAUGGGCCUGUCGCUGCCCACCGACGCCGCGCCGCAAAAGUUCGACGAGCUGAACCUUUCCGAGCCCACCAUGAAGGCCAUUCGCCAGAUGGGCUUCGAGACCAUGACCGAGAUCCAGCAGCGGACGAUCCCGCCGACGCUGGCCGGUCGCGAUAUUCUGGGAGCGGCCAAGACGGGCUCCGGAAAGACGUUAGCUUUCUUGAUUCCGGCGGUGGAGAUGCUGAGCGCUUUGCGGUUCAAGCCGAGAAACGGAACUGGUGUUAUCAUCAUUACCCCGACCCGUGAACUGGCGUUGCAGAUUUUCGGUGUCGCAAAGGAGCUUUGCGAGUUCCAUUCUCAAACCUACGGCAUUGUUAUCGGAGGCGCGAAUCGGAGAGCCGAAGCGGAGAAGCUUAACAAGGGUGUUAAUCUGUUGAUUGCGACCCCGGGACGACUCCUCGAUCACCUGCAGAAUACCCAGGGUUUUGUCUACAAGAACUGCAAGGUUCUGGUUCUGGAUGAGGCGGACCGUUGUCUGGAUGUUGGUUUCGAAGCCGAGCUUCGCCAGAUUGUUAAAAUCCUGCCUUCCGAGGAACGCCAGACUUUGCUCUUCUCCGCCACGCAGACGACCAAAGUCGAGGACCUCGCGCGUAUCUCACUCAAGCCCGGCCCACUCUACAUCAACGUCGACCACCGUAAGGAGCAUGCGACCGUGGAUGGUGUCGACCAGGGAUACAUCAUUUGCGAGGCCGACAAGCGGUUCCUCCUGCUAUUUACGUUCCUCAAGAAGAACCUGAAGAAGAAGAUCAUUAUCUUCUUCUCCAGCUGCAACGCCGUGAAAUACUACGCCGACCUCCUGAACUACAUCGACCUGCCCGUUCUCGCGUUGCACGGGAAGUUGAAGCAGCAGACGCGCACGCAACGCUUCUUCGAGUUCUGUAAUGCCACCCAGGGCACGCUCAUCUGUACCGAUGUGGCCGCGCGUGGGCUGGACAUUCCCGCCGUCGAUUACAUUAUCCAGUUCGAUCCCCCGGAUGAGCCCAAGGCCUACAUCCAUCGGGUGGGUCGUACGGCCCGUGGUACGAAGGGCAAGAUCGGACGCUCCAUCAUGCUUUUGCAACCGUCCGAGGUUGGAUUCCUCAACGUCCUCCGCGAGGCGCGAGUGCCCGUGGUGGAGUUUGAGUUCCCCCAGAAGAAGAUCAUCGACAUUCAGUCGCAGCUGGAGAAGCUCAUCGGACAGAACUACUACCUCAACCAGAUCCAGUCCGCCAAAGACGGUUACCGCGCAUACCUCCACGCCUAUGCGUCGCACUCGCUCCGGUCGGUGUUCAACAUCAACAAGCUGGACCUGGUCAAGGUGGCCAAGAGCUUUGGAUUCACGACCCCGCCGCGGGUGGACAUCACUCUGGGGGCGAGCAUGAGCAAGGACAAGGUGCAGGCGCGGCGGCCGUACGGGAGCCAGAACAAGUCGGCGCGGUUCAAGCGGCGGGCUUGA